AUGGCCACAACCUAUAAAGUGAGCCUGGCGAAGGCUUUGGCGCUGAAGUCCGACUGGAGGCAUCUUUGUUACGUGACGCUGUACUCACCUGACCCCGGAAUGCUCUUUGACUGCAUACCGCUGCGACAUGCUGUACAGAUGUACAUGCGCUUCGAUGGCCGCCUGGGCUUCCCUGGAGGUUGCGUGGACUGUCAGAGCCUGGAGGAAGGGCUGGAGGAAGGGCUGCAGAACAAGCUGGGUGAGGGGGUGUCCACCUUCUGCGUGGAGCACACAGACUAUCAGAACUCCCUCAUGGACGCCAAAUCGCACCUGGUGGCCCACUUCUAUGCCAAGCAUCUGACGCUAGAGCAGCUGCAGGCUGUGGAAGCUGGUGCCCCACGAGCCAGGGACCACGGGCUGGAGGUGCUGGGCCUGGUGCGGGUGCCCCUGUACAUCCUGCGAGAUGGUGUGGGAGGCCUACCUGCCUUCCUGGAAAAUUCCUUUAUUGGUGCUGCCCGGGAACAACUACUGGAAACCCUCUAA